AUGACUAAUAAUAAUAAUAAUAAUGCCGAUAAUAAUAAUAACGAGCAUGCUGGACGACAGGUUGUUGACCCAUUGAGACAUUUAUCUGUGGUGACAUUGACAUUGGUUGAGGAUAUUGUGGUUGUGGAUAUUGUGGUUGUGGAUAUUGUUGUGGAUAUUGUUGUGGAUAUUGUUGUGGAUAUUGCGGUUGUGGAGUAUAUUGCUGUGGAGCAUAUGGCUGCGAAGUAUAUUGUUGAGUAUUUGGUUGAGUUGGAAAUGAAGGUUGUUGGUUAUAGGGCGGAGGACCAGAUGAAGAAACUACAGAAUAACGUUGUUAUUUUUGAGUUAAAAAGACUUUUACCAAAAUUUUUGUGA